GUUUAUAAGUCAGUGAGUGUCUGUAGUAGUUAUGUUAGUGUGUGCGAGGACCUGGUAACCCCUCCACCUGGUACUACUUUUCAUUAAAUACCACGGUGGAAACGCCCAACUAAGCUUGUGGCGAUUAGCAUGGUCGGCUCCGUACGGUGCGAAAGAGGUUCAGCAUACAUGCGUGCUCGAGGCCCCAGAGGAACAGGCGUUUAUGACGCCAUCUGGCCAAACCCCAUUUGGUGCAGCCAGACUGAACCCCUCCCCCACCCCCCCCCCUACUCGGGGUUCCUAAAGGAGACCACUGUGGUUGGCCGCAUGGGAUGUUCAAACUCUCGCUGCGGAGGAAAGACAGCCAUUCUUCUAUGGGGAGAUGGACCGGUACCGCCUGGACCUCUGUGGAAUUACAGGAGGUCCGGUGGACCCGCUCUGGCUACAGUCAUUAUGAGGGCUGGACAGUCCUCCACCCGCGGCAGGAAACUACCAAACAACAGGGAGUGGCAUUGCUGACAUACAACAGAAUGAAUGGGGUGUGGGAGCGUGGAGGCGAGGGGUGGGAAGCCGUAAGUCCCAGGCUGCUGUGGGCUCAUUUCCCAUGGUGGUUGUGAUUUCUUAUGCCCUCACCGACGAUGAAUAUCACACAUGGGCCAGAUCAGCUCAGUACCAACAGUAGGAGGUUGUUAUAUUUCUGUACACCCCAUGGGCUUGGAAUUGCCAACAUGCUGUUCCGGCAUCGGCGCAUCCACACAACAUCAUGGGUGCAUGCGACGUCCAAGAAAGGACAUUUGCUGCACUGUAUAGUGAUGGAACAGUGGAUGCGGGCCCAUGUCCUGAUCUGCCCAUUGAACACCGGCUUAUCAUCUGUACAAUGUGCCUACCAUUCUUCCACUGCGGUGGUGGACGUCCACCGAGUACUCUAUUCAAAUUCACAGUAGCUUGGUCUCAGCUAGUAAGCUCCUCCAGCAGGCAAGGAUGCAUUGGCUGGGUCACGUUGCCCACAAGUCCAGCCACCACAUGCCCAAGGAACUUAUGAUGGGCCGGACAGAAGGAGCUAAAUGUACGCGCGGCUUGGGUUGGAGAAGUGAUGCACUGAUGCGGUAUGGGAGGAUGUGGAGCUGAGAGGACUUGCAGAAAGCUGGUACCAGAGGUGUAACUGGGCAGUUGGAGGCAGUCACCCUCCAACAACAGUGGAGGGCAGAGGAGCGACGUUCACAACAAUGAGCUGAGCGCCAGGCGGCUAAAAUGCAGCAAGUUGGCACAGCAGGGGGCACAGGUGGUGCAUCUGCCAGUCAUUUGUCUACUCAUGGCACCCGGGUCUAUACUGUGACCUCUCAGCAAGCCUUCGACACUUCACGUGGCCUCAUAGUGCACCUAGCCUGGUACAAUCGCUGUGGUGACGUCACCACCACUUCGUGAAGAAUGGCGGCUGUUGUGUCAAUGGUUGUGUGCAUGUCAGUGAAUGUGAGAGCAGCAGUAGUGCGGUGGUUAGCACGCUGUACCAUGAACCAAGCGACUUAAAUUCCCGCUCAUUGCCAACGAAUAUCUGAACCGGUCCUGGGCCUCCUCCAGGUCUACUCAGCCUCAAAUGAGUACCUGGUGCGAUGUGUAAACAUCACCACAACAGGGACAGAGGCGGCUCUGCAUGUGGUGCCGGCCACCAACCACAUCGUGUGCCAUGCCAGCCUUAAUAGGUGCUCACUAACAGUAUUUCCUCUAACAGUCUGUUUAAGCUAUACCGGGUGGGGGUCUUUGUGUGUGGGGGUAGCUGUGCUAAGAUCCCAGCGACCCAAGUUCAAUAGCCAACAAGUGAUGCAUAUCUGGAUCUAUUUUGGGCUUCCCCUAGAUUGUUUCAGCCUUAAAUGAGUACUGGGUGCCACAGUGUGUAAACAAUACCACUGGAGAGACAGUGGGGUUGGCCACCCACCCCCUUGUGUGCAGUGCCGGCCUUCAUAGGUGCUCGCUAACAUCACUUUCCCCAACAGCCUGUUAAUAAGGCUAUAUGGGGGGGUCUUUGUGUAUCGUGUGUGUGUGUCAGCAACUAUUAGAAGUCAAAAGUUUAUUACACAGUGAAGCCAAUUGAGCUGUACAGCUCUUUAUGAAGGGCAACUUGGCCGGGGCCUGUAACGCGUUUUUACUCGCAAGGAGCCAAUGAGACGACGAUUCUGUUGCAGUGGAGACCUGGGAGAGAUACCGGGCACAAGUCAACAAUGUCAGUGGGCGUGAAUGAAAGAAUAAAUUCUUCAAAACCAUAAAAAAGCUUAAAAUUCGAGAGUAUAAAGCGUCACCUUUACCCUGCUAAUUAUACAAUGCAAUGCAUCUGUGUGAAAACGCUCUUAAGUCGUUCUUGCGGUUUGCUUCAAAAGAAAACAAAUAUGGGUCUGAUCCGCGUUGCGCUCCUUGUGUUCGGAUCUGCUGGGGGUCUGUGUGUGUCACGUGCGUUUUGUGUGUAGGUGUAUUGUAUCCUUUGCCUUCCCAAUGAAAACCACUUGCCUAGAAUGGGGUGCGGCUGCAUGGCCGGGUUGGGAGGGAUCAACUAGAGGAAAAAAAAACCCUCUCGUGAGGCACUCCUUGUUAAACGAACGAAGUCACACUCGCGAGGUGAUUGUUGACGAACGUGGUCGUGUGGAAUAGAUGAUGAUGAGCAUGGUCCCUUCCCCCCCACGAUGAGAAGAGGAGACGGCAUUUUCGGAAUCUCUUGGGCGCAGUAACGGUUUGAUGGGGUUGAUACGGCUAGUAACCGCGCGGCAUUCGUGACUUGACGGUGCACGCCGUGUGGGAACACAAGUGGACCGCUGCAGGUAGAGGAGUCGAGGAAACCGGGUUCUGGCCUAAAAGCUCUCAACAGUCCGAGACGCUGACAGAUCGAUACGCACACAGAGUGCGGUAAGCAGUCACAUGGAGCAGUCUGACGAGGAGCUGGAGCACCCGGCCGAGGAGGAUAGCGACCACGAUGAUGCCGAAGAUCUGGACAAGAUGUUUGGGAACUGGCUGGGAGAGCUUGACACGCUCACCAAGGACUUGGACACGAACAAGGUGCCAGUGGCCAAACUUGCGAAGAAUGAAUCCAACUUGGCCAACUUCCGAUACAGAUUUUCAAUGCAUAACCUCCAUGAGGCAUUGAACCAGGGAGAGGAAGUGGACCUCGACGCUCUGAUGGCUGACCUGUGCUCCAUGGGUCAGGAGCUGGAAAACAUCACCAAAGAGCCCUCGCAGCCUGCGGCUCCUCCUAAGCCUCCUGCGGCGCCGGAGCCGGUCAGGGCUAUCCCUGCACCCGUAGCAGCGGGUGUGUGGGUCAAGCCGGCUUCAGUGAAGUCUCACGCCAAGGUGAACGCCUGCGACCAAGCACAGCUAUCGCUGGAGGAGUUGACGGCGCAGCUGGAGCAGGCUUCCCUCAGCAUCGAGGAGGCCGCUGCGUCUGUAGCUGCCCAGCCGGCAGUCCUACACCCUCCUCAGCAGCAGCAGCCUGCCCCCACGGACAGAGUCGCCCAGGAGUCCAAAUCGGGCGACGUCAGCUCCGACUCGACAUCGUCUCGCUCCAGCCUCGCCUCGCUUGCCUCCAGCCAGGACUCGGAGCGGUCGCGCUCACGCGAGUCCGACCUUUCCCAGCAGGCCUCCACGACGACGCCUGUCAAUGAGCACCCGUACCUGGAUAGGAGGACUUCAGUGCUUGUGCGAAACCUGGCGGGAAAACCCAACCACUUGUUGACACAGGAGGAACAGGAAGCCAAACUCAAAGCUGAGAAGAUCAAAAUGGCUCUAGAGAAAAUCAAGGAGGCUCAAAUCAAAAAGCUGGUGGUUCGCAUUCAUUUGACGGAUAGCAGCUCGAAGACGAUGAUGGUGGAUGAACGUCAGACGGUGCGGCAAGUCCUCGACAGCCUGGCGGAGAAGUCCCACACGGACGGCAGUCCGGACUGGUCCCUGGUCGAAGUCAUCCCAGAAUUACACAUGGAGCGCUUUUUUGAAGACAGCGAGAACCUGGUGGAGAACCUGCUGAACUGGACACGGGACAGUCCCAAUAUGCUCAUGUUUGUGGCGCGCAAGGAAAAGUACGCCAUAUUUAAAAACCCGCAGAACUACCUUCUGGGUACAAAUGAAACGAGUGAGAUGGCAGAUCGCAAUAAGGAGGCUCUGCUGGAGGAGUGUUUCUGUGGCUCCACUGUGACGGUGCCAGAGCUGGAGGGAGUGCUGUACCUGAAGGAGGAUGGCAAGAAAUCGUGGAAGAAGCGUUACUUCCUUUUGCGAGCAUCUGGCAUCUACUACGUACCCAAGGGGAAGACCAAGACAUUGCGUGACCUGUCGUGCUUCAUUCAGUUUGAUCACGUGAGCGUGUACUAUGGUCAAGACUUCCGGACUAAAUACAAAGCUCCUACGGAAUACUGUUUUGCCCUCAAGCAUCCACAAAUUCAGAAAAAGUCUCAGUACAUCAAGUACCUUUGCUGUGACGAUGCGAGUGGGCUGCAGCAGUGGGUGACUGGCAUUCGUGUCGCCAAGUAUGGGCGCACGAUGUACGACAACUAUCAAGAUGCUUUGAAGAGGGCCGAGGUGACCUCAGACUGGUCAUCCCUCUCCUCCUCCAGCAUGAAGUCCGCUUCAAGCUCUGGAAGCAUUCCGGAGUCCCAUUCGGGCCACACGGAAGUGGGCAUAUCGGACGCCACGUCGGGGAGCCACACGCGCUCCCAGAGCAUCGUGAGCACCAUGUUCUCGGAGGCCUGGCGACGGGGCACUCAGAUAGAGGAACAGAGCAAGGAGAGGCAUGCAAAAGCUGAGGGUGACAGCAAGGCGAAUGCCAUUCCACCUCCCCCUCUGUCAGGAUUGAAACCUCCUUUUCAAAACUGUAGCGUCCCUUCAGUUAUCCCACCCACCCCCCCCCGACUCUCUACAUCUGUCGAUGGGACCUUUACCACCACCUCCCCCUCCACUGCCAGCGAGCUUCACUAAGCUCCCAGGAGUUCAG